AUGAGCGUAACUACUACAACCACCGAGCCCCCUAGAAUCACGGCGGAGAAUGUCGCCACUCUCUUCCCAGAGGUCGAUACUUCUUUGGCUCGUGAAGUCCUCCCAAAAGCCGAUGGCAAUCCCUCCGCAGCUAGCAGCAACGAGCUGGCGGGUUAUGACGACGAACAGGUCCGUCUAAUGGAUGAAGUAUGCAUCGUUCUGGAUGAUGAUGACAAGCCUAUUGGAAGUGCCAGCAAGAAGACCUGCCACCUCAUGACCAACAUUGACCGCGGCCUUCUCCACCGUGCCUUUUCCGUGUUCCUCUUCGAUUCCAACAAGCGCUUGCUUCUCCAACAGCGCGCCACUGAGAAGAUUACAUUCCCAGAUAUGUGGACAAACACUUGCUGCUCUCACCCUCUUGGAAUUGCUGGCGAGACCGGUUCUGAGCUGGAUGCCGCUAUCUUGGGCGUGAAGCGGGCUGCGCAGCGGAAGUUGGAACAUGAGCUUGGAAUUAAGCCGGAGCAAGUACCCCUGGAUAAGUUCGAUUUCUUCACGAGAAUACAUUACAAGGCUCCUAGUGAUGGGAAGUGGGGAGAGCAUGAGAUCGACUAUAUUCUCUUCAUCCAGGCAGAUGUAGAGCUGAAGCCUAGCCCGAAUGAGGUUCGAGACACGAAGUACGUCUCGGCUGACGAAUUGAAGACGAUGUUUGAGCAGCCGGGGUUGAAAUUCACGCCUUGGUUCAAACUUAUCUGCAAUUCGAUGUUGUUCGAAUGGUGGAGCCAUCUCGGCUCUCCAACCCUGGAGAAGUACAAGGGCGAGAAAGGUAUCCGGCGUAUGUGA